UCUAGAAUGAAGUAGAAUUUUUAUUUAGGCAACUGUCAUUCAGUGUUUGUGUACAUAACAAUUUAAUUUUAAGUAUUUUUACUUUCGUAACAUACACAAUGUCUAACGUUUUUGGUUUAAUUGUAUCGGGACGACUGGUACAAACAGACUUUGCGCCACUGACAGAGACGACGUUUAUCAUAACAAUCCCGGAGACGGAGUCGAUCAACCACGCGGCGGUAUUCCUGACGGGCGUGGCGCCACUUCCGGCGGGCACAGCGGGCAUGGUCUACUGGAGCUGGCCCGACCCCGCCGCGCCGCCCAGCUGGCAGCUGCUCGGACACAUCUCCAACGCUAAGCCCUCGGCUAUAUUUAAAAUAUCUAACCUCAAGAAGCUCCAUGAGUUAUCAGCUGAAAACAAAAUAGGUGGUGCCUUUGGGCAGCAACAGAUCUGCAACUACGCUCAGAUUGGAAUAUCUAUUGAACCAGAGUCAAAUGUUGAGUUGCUCGCUGCCUCUGUGGCGGUGGAAAGGAAUCAGUAUGUAACAUUUGCGCAGAAGAUGUUAGAGAACCUGGUGAACUUUGUGGCGUCGUUCUCUGUGACGCAGGAGCAGAUGACGCCGACGCCGGGCGUGUCCUACAUCCCGCUGAGCACAUUGCACACCUGGUAUCAGAACUUCGAGCGCAGACUGCAACAGAACCCUAACUUCUGGAAGAAUUAAUCUCAGCAGUACAAUGGACCUUUUAUUAGUGGACGAUUUCGUGUAUUUGUUUUUAAUUUAGAGUGGACAUCAUAAAUAAAGUGAAAGACACGUUUUGGCGGACACUCGGGUGUGCCCAUCAUACUCAUGCAGAUGAGCAAAAUUUACUGUGUUUUGUGUCAUUAGAACUUUUAAUAAUUUACUUUAAGUUAUAAAGUGGUAAAUAUAUAGUUAAAUAUGCCGGCGUGUGGCAGGAUUGGUGGAAGACAUUAUGGCUGUUUUUAAAUAAUAAAUACAAAGUAACUAUCUAACUCGCUUGUUACAUAAAAUAUACAGAGAAUUUGACAUCCAGUGGCUAUUUAUUACAUUUAGUAUGUAUGUGUAUGAAGCCAGUAGUAGUAUGUAUAUAGCGAAGCUUGCUGUAUGCCAUUGUUGGUGAUUUAUUGUCAUGUGUCUAUAUUCAGUUGAAUUUGAAACAUUGUUUAACUUUGCCCCAAACCAUUAAACAAUGUAUCAUAUAUUACUAAUAAUUACAGUUGUCUUGACCGCAUAUGGCAGUUUCCAAUGGCAGUGGAGACAUGAGCACAAUCUUGCCCUCCCCCUCCCCGCUCCCCGCAGCCGCAGCCGGCCCGCGGCAAGCUGACGUCAUAAAUAUAUUCUCCAAGACUGCUAACGAAUAUUUUUACAAUAAAAUAUUUUUUUUUA